CAUCCUCAAUCUAAAAAUUUUACCACAAGCAUUAGCAUUAGGGUUAGUGAUGCCUGACAAAAGAAUAAAAUCUGAUAAAACUUAUAAGACUGCCUCUAUGACCAUGUAUGACUCUGAAACAACUGUCACCUUAGAGACUGCCCUUGAGCUCACAGCUGCUGUUUCAGAGACUGCAUCUAAGUCUUUAAAUAUCUCUGAAACUACUAUUACUACAAAAACUGCCUCUGAGCCCUCAAAUGACUUUGAACCUAUUGCUGCCUUAGAGACUGCCUCUGAGCCCACAAACACCUCUGGAAAUACCACUCUUUGA